GUUGAGCCGACAACAUAGAUUAUACACUAGUCGUCAGUGAUUGUUAAUGUUUGGGUGUAUUUUUUCUUUAAAAAAUCCUGUAAAGUUGACGUAAUUGUGACUGAGUUUACCAUAUAAUGAAUUAGUGUGUUUAAACGACAUUAAGUGUUUAGAACAAUGAAUAUGGUGUUACAUUGUUAGAAGAAAAUGUUUUCAAGAUCUGUCAUUGUUGAUGAUGAGGCUCAUUGAAGAAUCAUAUCGAUGACCGAGGGGCCUGCUGAGUGUGGAUGGCGUCAGACACGGAUGCCAUAGGCUCUAUCAGCAACAGCGAACGACAUCGCCGUGAUGAGCACAACCCGCCAAAAUGCGUCAGCGGCCUUUUUAAACCGGGAACUGACGCGUUGGUCGGCUCGAGAUGGCCAUAAAUUGCGGAGCGCGCGCAUACUGCCACCCCGCGUACGCGCACUCUCAUACCCUACCGCGGCGCUAUGAAAUGUGGAAACACUGCAGGUGGCGACAGAAAACGUCACCACCAAGGACUAACGCAGCUGUUAGGGUGCCCAGAUAGAGACGUUUAGAAGUGUUUUCCUUAGAGGCCUAAGUGUUACUGUUCAGUGUAAAUAUAGUGGUGCGUGUAAAUGUUAAGAAUGACGGGCGAAAACCGGGGCGCUCGCGCUCCAUUACUUGAGUGCGGGAGUGGCGAAUACUCGCAUAACCAUAAGACGUUAGCGCCGCGGUGUUGCUUCUGGUUGGCCAGCCACGUCAACGUCAGAAAAUGCGUCGCUGGCGUCAUGCUGCUAUCCGUCCUCACCAUAUUGUUUUACUCCUAUUAUGUCACAAUACCUCUGACCAGCUUAGUGUGGCGAGAUCGAAUCCCGCGUCCACUCACCCAGUGUUCAUUGCUCGCUUCGCAACAACAAGCUGCGCGCGACCAUCGUUCGGACGCCCGACUUCGUAUCGACGCUAAAGUACUUGUUAUAGUAGAAUCGGCCUACUCACGACUUGGUCGCGACAUCGCCGAGCUCCUCGUCGCCAACCGUAUAAGGUACAAAGUUGAAGUAGCAGGCAAGAGUCUGCCUGUACUCACCACUUUGGACAAGGGGCGUUACGGCGUGAUCGUGUUCGAAUCUCUGUCGAAAUAUGCCAAUAUGGAUAAAUGGAAUCGAGAGCUACUCGACAAAUACUGUCGGGAGUAUUCCGUUGGAGUAGUCGGCUUCGCGACGCCUAGCGAAGAGACCUUGGUCGGCGCACAGCUAAAAGGAUUUCCACUAUUCAUGCAUACUAAUUUGAGGUUGAAGGAUGCAACGUUGAACGCUGCUUCACCCGUAUUGCGAUUGGCUCGUGCUGGAGAAACUGCCUGGGGCGCGCUUCCUGGUGACCACUGGUCGGUGUUCCGAGCCAACAGCUCUACCUAUGAACCUAUCGCGUGGGCGCUUAGAGAACACGAUUAUGAAACUGAUGGAGAGCGGAUGCCGCUGGCAACUGUGAUACAAGACCACGGUCGUUUGGACGGCGUCCAACGCGUUCUGUUCGGUAGUGGUCUACAGUUCUGGUUGCAUCGACUGCUUUUUCUGGACGCAUUAAGCUACCUCAGUCACGGGCAGCUCAGCUUGAGUCUGGAUCGAUGGAUAUUGGUUGAUAUCGAUGACAUCUUUGUCGGUGAGAAAGGUACCCGUCUUCACGAAGAAGACGUGGCGGCACUAUUGACGUCGCAGGCAGCACUGCAGCGUUUAGUUCCGGGAUUCAGGUUCAACCUCGGCUACAGUGCGAAGUACUACCACCACGGAACGCCAACGGAAAACCUCGGCGAUGACGCUCUGUUAAAACAUAGGGAAUAUUUUAAUUGGUUUUGCCACAUGUGGAACCAUCAACAGCCUCACCUGUACAACAACGUGUCUCAGCUCGAAGCGGAAAUGAUGCUGAACAAACAGUUCGCUCUAGAGCACGGGAUCCCGACGAACUCGUGUUACUCCGUGUCCCCGCACCACUCCGGAGUCUAUCCCGUACACGAACCUCUAUACGAAGCCUGGAGGAAAGUCUGGGACGUAAAAGUUACCAGCACGGAGGAGUAUCCUCACUUAAGACCAGCUAGAUUACGUCGCGGUUUCCGGCACCGGGGCGUGAUGGUGUUGCCGCGUCAAACGUGCGGUCUGUUCACGCACACGUUACUGUUGGAGCGUUAUCCGGGCGGGAGGCAUCGACUAGACCGCUCCAUACAGGGAGGCGAGCUCUUCCAGACUGUUAUCAACAAUCCGAUCAACGUGUUCAUGACCCACAUGUCGAAUUAUGGCAACGAUCGACUCGCAUUAUACACUUUCGAGUCGGUGGUCAAGUUCCUGAGGUGCUGGACCAAUGUGCGUCUUGCAUCAGCACCACCUUUGGCCCUGGCGGAGAAGUAUUUCCAACUGAGACCCGACGAACUGAACCCGUUGUGGGGGAAUCCGUGCGAUGACAUCCGACACCGCCGCAUAUGGUCCAAGAGUAAAUGGUGCGGCACACUGCCCAGACUCCUAGUGAUCGGUCCCCAGAAGACCGGCAGCACAGCCCUAUACACGUUCCUAGCGAUGCACCCAACACUGAAGCCGAACUUGCCCAGCCCGAGCACAUACGAAGAGCUACAAUUCUUCAAUAACAACAACUACCUGAAAGGACUGGAUUGGUACCUGAAUUUUUUCCCGCCAAGCCUAACUAACAACUCACAAAUAACAUUCGAGAAGUCGGCGACGUACUUCGACGGCGACCUGGUGCCGAGGAGAGCGCACGCAUUACUGCCCAACGCCAAGAUCAUUGCCAUACUGAUAUCACCAUCGAAACGUGCGUACUCCUGGUAUCAGCACAUACGCUCUCACGGCGACCCGAUCGCGAAUAAUUACACAUUCCACACAAUCAUCACGGCGAAUGACUCCGCACCGAAACAACUCAGGGAUUUGAGGAAUCGUUGCUUGAAUCCUGGGAAAUACAGUCAUUAUUUAGAACGUUGGUUGUCGGAGUACAGCGUGCACCAGUUGCACGUCAUCGACGGGUCGAUGCUGCGCUCUGAGCCGGCGGUCGUGAUGAACACGCUCCAGAAGUUCCUCAAGAUAUCGCCGCAUAUCGACUACAAUAAACUGCUCAAAUACGAUCCGAAAAAAGGAUUCUUCUGUCAAGUGGUCGGGGGCGAGAAAACGAAAUGCCUUGGGAAGUCGAAGGGUCGCGUGUACCCGCCGAUGGAGGAGCGCUCGGCCAAGUUCCUCAGGCGUUACUACACGCCGCAUAACACUGCACUGUCCAAGCUGCUGGUCAGGGUCGGCCGCCCCGUGCCGCACUGGCUCAAGGACGAGCUCUCGGCCAACGGAUGACCUCACAC